AUGACCUGCAGUCUUGUCUCUCUCCGGCAGAUAGGAGUCCGGCCAUGUGCCGCUGUCGGUCACGGCAAGGCUGAUACGAACCGUCCGAGAAGUUCUUCUUCCAGCUGGUGGACCCCGCUCUUCGGGUGGCCCUCUGAACCCGACUACAUUGACUCCAACGUCAAAAGCGCCGGCGAGACUGAGAGAAAGUCGGGUUCGGAUCCGGUGGCCAAGCCCGGACGGUCGCGGUUCCCACCGGGGUGUUUCACCGAGGAGAAGGCCAAGCAGCUCCGGAAGAUGAUGGUCGUCUCGUCGUCGUAUCAGGACGCCAUGUACCACUCCGCCAUUGCUUCCCGCCUCGCCUCCGACUUCUCCGACCGCUUCGAUCAGAGAUAA